AUGGAGACUACUAAUUUAGUUACGGAGUUCAUCACUCAUACUGGUGCUAAUACACAAGAUGCAGUUAGCUGUUUGAAAUCUUGGGAAUGGGAUUUGAAGAAAGCACUAAUCGAUUACAACGAUACUUCUACUACGGAAUAUUUCAACAAUAAGAAAAAUAAACAUGAAGGGCUACUAAAAACACAAUCAUCUACUACCAUAUCAACAUCAUCGUUGUACGAAUCAACUUUGUUAUCAGGAACAACUUCUUCAAUGUUACAACCAGACAAUAGUUCAAUUCUAUCUUCGGCCUCGUGGAGUAAUAAUGCACAUUUACGACCACAAGCUCAGCACCAUGGAAAUGACUCGCAAUGUUCAUAUCUAAUCAACGAAAGGAUAGCCAACAUAAACCUCGAUUGUGGCGACAGUAGCACGACCAGGGCCAGCGCUCAUGUUACUACUUCUUUGCAUAUUUCAACUCCAUCAGUUAAAUUACCCACAUCUGCUCCAGCAGCUGUGAAACUAAACCAUAAUCCUCAACAUAAUCACUACAUCAAGACCGGAUCAUCUUCUAUAGGAACAAAUGCAGACAGUUACUACGAGAGUGGAAUGAAUUACGCCUCCAUAUCACAUAUGCCAAUAGUGCAUCUGAAGCCAAUGCUCGCAAAAGCCGAUUCAGUUGAUAUUUUAGACAGUAAGAAAUUGGAACGAGGUAUUUCACGUGCUACCGAGAAUGUGACAUUAGUUUCCCGCGCCAGACAAGAGUUUGAAAUGGAUUUUCACGCUCACAUCCAUACACAGAAUGAUAAAAAUCUUAAUUUUAUUGAUACGCCUGAUUAUACGUUCACUCUGCCUGACCUGACGAAGUACACUGAUGAUUUUCGUAAAUUCCUCGAAAAAGAUUUAAUUGAAAGUUCCACUCUUAAUUCGCUUGAAGCAACGAACCGGCUCAAUUGGUGGUUUGAUUCAGGAACCUGUCGUAAGCUGUGGCCAUUGGCAACGACCGGUGAUGGCAAUUGUUUGCUACAUGCUGCAUCAUUAGCUAUGUGGGGGUUUCAUGAUCGACGAUUGACAUUACGCCGUACAUUGCAUGAUAUUUUAUCCAAAGAAGAAUUUCGAGAUGCUCUUUACCGCCGGUGGCGAUUUCAACAAACACGUGUCAACAGGCAGGCUGGAUUUGUGUUUUGUGAAAGUGAAUGGGCUAAAGAAUGGGACGAAAUUGUGGCCAUCGCUUCUCCCGAACCAAGGCGUAAUAUAAACAGUGCAGGUCCAUCUCGACGUCGGUCUUUGCUGAUCGAGAAAAGCUUCGAUUCUGUUGCGAAUGGCUUGAGUUCAACAACAAUCUGUGAUGAAGAUGAAAAUGCAACGUACGAAAGUUUGGAAGAGAUCCAUGUAUUAGCAUUAGCGCACAUUCUUAGGCGCACGAUCAUUGUAGUAUCGGACGUGUUUCUUAGGGACAUAAAUGGUGAAGCGUUUUCGCCUAUACCGUUUGGUGGUGUUUAUCUACCCUUUGAAGUACCGUCGAACGAGUGCCAUAGAACUCCAUUACUCUUGGCAUAUGAUAUGGCACACUUUUCAGCAUUGGUUGCAAUGGAAGGAAGUAAUGACAGUCCUCCUGCCUUAAUUCCUCUAGUAGAUGAUACAAAUCAAUUGUUACCCAUUCAGUUUUGCAUUGAUCCUGGAAAAGAUUUUAACUGGCAUGAAUACGACGGAAGUCACGGGAAUUGGACGCUCACAGAUCGCGAACAUGUUGCGCUUCUCAAGGAGUAUCUUGAUAUAGUGCAUGCUACUGGCAUUGAAUGUCUUGAUGAUGAAAUCUACUAUGACGAUUAUUCGGAUGAUGAAUAUGAAAAAAAAAUUGGUGAUGGCGAGAUAGCUCUGACUGCAGAUGAAAAUUACAAUCAUAAUGUUGGAUCUACAUCCACCGGAUCUAUAAGUGCUUCCAAUCAAUCGCUACCAAUCGGCGGGAAUGGUAAAGAUGUUGGAGGUAAAAGUAAAGCAGCAAAGCAGUUGCAAAGUGUUGCAAAACAAUUUGGUAGCAUAGGCAAAUCAAUGAGUCGAAAGCUUCGCAAAAAUAUCGGCUCGAUUACUCGCAUUGGUAGCAAAAAUAACCAUAUCGGUACUAAUACGGGAGGUAUAAAAAAGUCGCAUUUGAAUCAGAAACAUAAUCAUCGAUGCGAUUAUCCACGAUUGCGGAUUUUAUGUGCUCAGUUAAAAUCUCGUCGUCACGAAUAUCAAGAAGAAAUGAUAAAAAACUAUUUGGAAUGCGCUCAAGAACGUUUUCUUGAAUCGGAGAAAUUGCGCGACAAAAAAGAAAUCGAUCGACUUGCGAAAUACGUUGCAGAAGUAGGACAAUGCGUCGAUCACAAUGGAAUUGGAGAUGAUACAGUCGAUAAUCCUGAAUUUUCUGACAUGAAUGCAUGCGGCUCAGUGAACUGCAUAAAUGUGGGGUGUCAGAAUUACGGUACUGCAGCAACUAGUUACAUGUGUACGGGAUGCUAUGAAAUGCAGUGUAAACGAGAAACAUCUAAUUCAAAAGGGUUUAACCCUAUUAAUAUGUAUUCGACAGAUUACAGUCUUCGUUAUGGUACUGGAAAAUCUAAAUUUUACACUGAAGCUGACUUGGACGCACAUGAUCGAAUACAAAAACUACCAUCGGCAAGGCUUUUAAACGACCUCGAUCAAACAUUAUAUUUGUCGCGAUCUACAUUCUAUAACGACAUUAAAUCUGAGGAAAUAAAUAGACUAGGGAACGCUUUUUCUUUUAGACAAAAAGGGCCUAAGCCAAAUGACAGCUUGGAACUAUCUCCUGCUACAGAUGGUUUUAUAAUUAAAAAAUCCCAUUUACAUCACCUGGUGCAAAAUCAGCAUCAUCAAAAUUAUUCAACUUCCAGUUCCCAUGGAAUUGUAGCAUCAAUUUCCCCACCUGAAGUAAUCAUAAACAACAGUCAAAUCAGCUCGCAUGUACCUUCAUUCAAUAAUCGACCGGCUGCGAUGUGUGUAGUCAAUCUUCCUCCCGUGGUUGUCAAUAGUAAUAACGAUAGCAUGACAGUGGGACAGUUUGUAGCUAACAAUUACAACGAGACACCAACUUCGUACAGUUCAAUUUUGAAUGAUACAAUCCGAUCUUUGCAGCCAUUUUCGUCAUCAUCAUCCUCUUCCUCUAUCGGAUGUGUUGGUGGUAGUAGUGUACAAUCGCCAUUUCCGAUUGUAAAUAGUAACAAUUAUAGCAAGAAUCAGCUUUGUCGAACUCAAGGGUGUAAAUACUAUGGUAAUAUUAACACUAAUUUUUAUUGUUCAAAAUGCUGUCAGGAAUAUAAUAUAUGA